AUGAACCUAUAUUUGAUACGAAUACUAUUGCUAUCAGCAGUACAGGUGUGUUUGGUGAUAGCAGACCUUGAAAACUGGCCCACUCGUUCGUUCGACCUCCAGGUACAACAAAGAGCCCAGAGAGAUGUAUCGUAUUCAAUCCCCAUCGACCAAAGCACCCAGUUUGGAGUAUCAGUAAAGGCCUUGGUAUUUGAAGAGUACGGGUAUUCAACGCUGGCGUUGCCCUCUUUCAACGGUCUCUUGAACAUGGGCAUCGAGGUUUUGACCAUCGAUCUCUACUACAACAACUUCACUUCCAAGUGGCAGCUAUGUCCUGCUCCCUUCCCAUUGAACCAGACUUCAACAUCUAUAUCCACCAUCCACAACUUGGAAUGGAAUGGCAAAACCUAUAAGUGUGAACCCGAUUUCACGCCCAGCACGUUGAUGGCAGAAAUACGAGAUUUCAUAACUGGGACAAACACCAAUAUGGAUGCUAAUUACUUGCAAAUAUUGUACCGCUUGAACCAUUUUACAUACCCCAAGAGAACCCUUAACUCCACCGUGGACUUAAACAAGAUCUACAAAUCGACCAGCUCUCCGUAUAACGUUCUUGGUAACGCCACCUUGAGUGAUACAAUGUCGCUUUUGGGGCCAUACUUAUUUACUCCUACAGACUUAAAGACGUUCAGAGCAUCUACUUCUGAAGAAGAUAGGUACUUUUAUAACCAGUCGGACGAAACGUUUCCUUCCCUCGAACAGUUCAUAUUCACAGACCUCAAGAGAGCAACGGUGGCGGUGAUUUAUGACGAAGUCACCCUGAACCCGGCGUGGUACAACUAUACUUCUAGUGACAAUCAGACCAUCUUCAUCAAUAAUGGAAGUGUGAAUCUCACCCUUACUUCCAUGGCAGAUCUGGAGUUUGUACAGACAUGUGUGGAUGACUACUUGAAUUCCAGCAAUAUUGAUAGUGGCACGGAUUUCCAACGAUUGUCGUUGGACACUCAUUUUCGAUAUGCCUACGAUGAUGAUACGCUGGCAUUUGAUGAUACCAAGUUCAGGGCCAUGAUUCGAUGCGGAUAUUCUCCAAUAUUGAACUCUUCUACCUACUCCAUCGAUGACUUCAACCAGAAUAAUAUUGGAGAAAUUAUAAACCAUUACGUUCCCUUAUCCCUGUGGGCAUGGAGUCCUAAACUGGCAAAUGUGAAGCUGGAGGGAAACUACUCGAUGGAUGACGAGUCAAAGGACAACGAGGCUGUGAGAUGUGUAUUGGUUUAUGAACAUGGCUGGUAUGUGGGAAAUUGCUACGAUACUUACCCGUUCGCUUGUCAGCACUCAGAUAAUCCAACCGAAUGGAUCAUUCGAAACGUCAAAAAGCUGUACUUCGACGCCGAGAAGGGCUGUCCUAAAGACUAUACGUUUGGAAUUUCUCGGCUGAGCAUGGAGAUGCUUUCCUUGAUGGAGGCCAUUGCUGCCAGUGAUGUCGACUUCCCAGUUUGGAUAGAUGUGAACGAUAUCACCGUCAUAAACUGCUUUGUCACCGGAGGCCCCUACGCAGACUGUCCGUACCAACGGACCGUGAGUACGAAGGGCCUUGCUGGGUUAAUUGCACCGAGUUUUGUUGUUGCGGUGGUGGUGCUCCUUCUUCUUCUGCUCGAGAAGAUCUUCAGAGUCAAUCCGAUUCAGACAAAUAGAAAACGGUUCUGGAAGAAGAAAAUUAACGAACACAAUAAAACCGAGUAUGAGGGGGUACCAUCAUAG